AUGACUGCAAGAACUAAAAUAGAAGUUUUAAGUGAAAAUUUUGAGAGGAAAAUAUUUGAAAUUGAAGAAAAAACUUCCGGACCAGCCAGAGACUCCAGGGACCAGCCAGAGACUCCAGGGACCAGCCAGAGACUCCAGGGACCAGCCAGAGACUCCAGGGACCAGCCAGAGACUCAGGGACCAACCAGAGACUCCAGGGACCAGCCAGAGACUCAGGGACCAGCCAGAGACUCAGGGACCAGCCAGAGACGUCAGAGACCAGCCAGAGACUCCAGGGACCGACCAGAGACCCAGGGACCAGCCAGAGACUCCAGAGACCAGCCAGAGACUCAGGGACCAGCCAGAGACUCAGGGACCAGCCUGAGACUCCAGGGACCAGCGAGAGACUCCAGGGACCAGCCAGAGACUCCAGGGACCAGCCAGAGACCCAGGGACCAGCCAGAGACUCCAGGGACCAGCCAGAGACUUCAGGGACCAGCCAGAGACUCCAGGGACCAGCGAGAGACUCCAGGGACCAGCCAGAGACUUCAGGGACCAGCUAGAGAAUCCAGGGACCAGCCAGAGACUCCAGGGACCAGCCAGAGACCCCAGGGACCAGCCAGAGACUCCAGGGACCAGCCAGAGACCCAGGGACCAGCCAGAGACUCCAGGGACCAGCCAGAAACUCCAGGGAACAGCCAGAGACUCCAGAGACCAGCCAGAGUCUCCAGGGACCAGCCAGAGAUUCCAGGACCAGCCAGAGACUCCAGGGACCAGCCAGAGACUCCAGGGACCAGCCAGAGACUCCAGGGACCAGCCAGAGACCCCAGGGACCAGCCAGAGACCCCAGGGACCAGCCAGAGACUCCAGGACCAGCCAGAGACCCAGGGACCAGCCAGAGACUCCAGGGACCAGCCAGAAACUCCAGGGACCAGCCAGAGACUCCAGAGACCAGCCAGAGUCUCCAGGGACCAGCCAGAGACUCCAGGGACCAGCCAGAGACUCCAGGGACCAGCCAGAGACUCCAGGGACCAGCCAGAGACUCCAGGGACCAGCCAGAGACCCCAGGGACCAGCCAGAGACUCCAGGGACCAGCCAGAGACUCCAGGGACCAGCCAGAGACUCCAGAGACCAGCCAGAGUCUCCAGAGACCAGCCAGAGACUCCAGGGACCAGCCAGAGACUCCAGGGACCAGCCAGAGACUCCAGAGACCAGCCAGAGACUCCAGGGACCAGCCAGAGACUCCAGAGACCAGCCAGAGACUCCAGAGACCAGCCAGAGACUCCAGGGACCAGCCAGAGACUCCAGGGACCAGCCAGAGACUCCAGGGACCAGCCAGAGACUCCAAAGAACCGCAUCAAUAUCCAUGAAAACAAAUAA